GCCGUAUAUUCAACAAUUCGGAGGUCUCACAGAAAAGAGUCUCUUGCAGAAUCCGCAUAUAGAGACUGUAUCUCUAAGAGAGCUUAGGACAGCAUAAUACUCGUUGUGCCCGAUCUUUGAACUUUAGGGGACUCCUAGACCGCUCGAUACAGGAACGUAGCGGGAUCGAACUUUCAACUGCUUCGACGUUGAGCGUCCCACAUGUCCAAUACCACAGAAGUAUCAACCCGGGCGGCCACCGCAACAGCAGCGGCCGUGCUGCCUCCCGCUUCGACUUUUGGUCACCACGCCGUCCAAUUCACAUGUGGUGCAUUAGCAGCGUGCGGGGCGGUUACCUUCACGAACCCGUGGGAGGUGGUCAAAACGAGGCUGCAACUUCAAGGAGAGUUAGAACAGCGGCGCUCUUUGGCGGCGGGCGCGACGCCAACGAACCGCCCGUAUCCCAGUGCAGUGUCGGCUCUGGUCACUAUCGCCCGUAACGAAGGCUUGCGGGGCAUUCAACGUGGACUUGGACCUGCAUACUUCUAUCAAGUGCUGCUGAACGGAUGUAGACUCGGAAUGUACGAGCCGAUCAAAAACGGCUAUCAGCGGGCGAUCAAUUUUGUGUCGGCAUCGAACCAGACGAACCAGCUGCCAGCGAUGAUCCUGGGAGGGGCCACAUCUGGAGUUUUGGGAGCGAGUAUAGCGUCACCGUUAUACUUGGUGAAGACACGAAUGCAAUCAUAUACGACAGCAAAGAAUGCGGCGGUGGGGGCGCAGCAUAGCUAUGUGCAACAAGGGACUAUAAGCGCUCUGCGGCGGAUCUAUUCAGGGGAAGGCAUCCGCGGCUUGUGGCGAGGAGCAGACGCGGCGAUGUUGCGGACGGGAGUAGGGUCGGCAGUUCAACUCUCCAGCUAUGAGUCCUUCAAGAACAUAUUGGCAAGGUCAGGGUGGUUCGAUUUGAAAGAUGGACACGGAGGAUUAGCAUUGCAUCUGGGAGCCAGUGCGAUUACGAGCUUCUUCGUUUGUCUCGCCAUGAAUCCGUUUGAUGUAGCCAGCACACGAAUGUACAAUCAGCAAACGGCCGCUGAUGGCAAGCAAGGUGCUCUUUACAAAAACGGCAUCGAUUGUUUAGUGAAGAGUGUGAAGGCGGAAGGCUUUGGGGCCCUCUACAAAGGAUUCUUUGCCCACUAUCUUCGCAUCGGACCACACACGAUUCUCACGUUCGUAUUCUUUGAGCAACUGAAGAAGUUGGGGCGGUGGAUUGAUUUAUAGAGGAUCAUCAGGUC